GUGUAGGAAAAGCAUCAGAUCCAUCGAAAUGGCAAACAUAGCGCUCGUGCUCACGGUUUGCCUCUUGGGCUUCUACGCGCCCGCCCCUUCCCUGGCGUCGUCCUCCAACAACAACAACGACGACGACUUCCUCCAGUGCCUCUCGACCAACAUCCCCAGCCAGCUCGUGCUGACGCCGACCUCGCCGUCGUUCACGCCGCUCCUGGUCUCGUCCAUCAGGAACGCCAGGUUGGUGGCGCCGGCGAAGGCGAACCCUCCGCUGUGCAUCGUGACGCCCACAAACGCGUCGCACGUCCAGGCCGUCGUGCGCUGCGGGCGCCGCCACAGCGUGCGCGUCCGCGUGCGCAGCGGCGGGCACGACAACGAGGGCCUCUCGUAUCGAUCGACCACCCCCAACGGCGAGAAGUUCGCGGUGAUCGACCUCGCCAAGCUCCACGCCAUCCAUGUCAACCCACAUAAGGCCACCGCGUGGGUCGAGACCGGGGCGACGACCGGAGAGCUAUACUACCGGGUCGCCACGGCGGCUCCAGGGCUGGGCUUCCCGGCUAGCGUGUGCCCGACGGUUGGCGUGGGGGGUAUCAUCAGCGGCGGAGGCAUUGGCCUCAUGAUGCGCAAGUAUGGCCUCUCGGCCGACAACGUCCUCGACGCCAGCAUGGUCGACGCCAAGGGGAACCUGCUGGCGAACAAGAAGGCCAUGGGGGACGACCUCUUCUGGGCCAUCCGGGGCGGCGGCGGCGGGAACUUCGGCAUCGUGCUGUCGUGGAAGCUGAGGCUCGUGCCCGUUCCACCCAAGGUGACUUUCUUCAAAGUGGCCAAGACCAUGGAACAGGGCGCGGUCGACGCGGUGACCAAAUGGCAAACGCUCGCGCCGGCGCUCCCGGACGACCUCAGCGUGCGUGUCGUCAUCCAGAAGAGUAAGGCCACCUUCCAGUCCCUGUACCUCGGCAACUGCAGCACGGUGGUGGCGACGAUGCACAGCCGGUUCCCGGAGCUGGGCGUGACGACCGCCGACUGCAAGGAGAUGAGCUGGCUGCAGUACACGGCGUACAUAUACUUCGGCGACGCCAUCAACAGCAAGCCGUUGGAGGCGCUCCUCCUCAACCGCUCCAUGACCCUAGGCCCCUUCGUGAAGAACAAGUCGGACUACGUGAAGAAAGCCCUCACCAAGGAGACCUUGGAGAAGAUCUUCCUCUGGCCCAACGGCGCGGGGUCGGGGCAGCUCAUCCUCGAGCCGCACGGCGGAGUAAUGGGCCGCAUCGCCGCCGACGAAACCCCGUUCCCGCACCGGCGCGGCGUGCUCUACAACAUACAGUACGUGGAGCUAUGGAACUUCAAUGGGGCGCCCGGGGGCGAGGUUACGCCGAACUGGAUCGGGAGCUUAUACGAUUUCAUGACGCCGUACGUGAGCAAGAACCCGAGGCGAGCGUACGUCAACUACCGGGACCUCGACAUGGGCGUGAACAAGGUGGUCGACGGGGUCACGUGCUACGUGACUGCCAGGAUGUGGGGCGAGAGGUAUUUCGGCCCGGCAAACUUUUGGAGGCUUAGCAACGUCAAGCGCAAGGUGGACGCCAGCGACUACUUCCGGAACGAGCAAAGCGUGCCGCCACUUAGCAUUUGACUGUAUUGUAAUUGCUAAUAAUAGUGAUCCGGAUGGG